AUGCUGUUUCUUGACUCAACUCCUGCUCUUCUCUCGUUGCUGGCCACCGCACAGCAGUUCUCCGGCCAGCAUGAAGAAGCCCGCCCAAAGCCAUAUACUCCUGAGGAUACGAUUAAGAUAAUUUUUACCCUCUUGUCAUACGUGUGA